GUGACCAUCCGUCCAGCUUCCAACUCGUUGUGUAAUUAAUAUUCAAUUAUAGUGGAAAUAGUGCUUUUAAUAAAAUGAAAGAGUUUCUGAAAGUCUCGUUGGUUUUUGCUUUCUGUGUAAGAUAUGCUGCAUCCAUCCGCUGCUUCGAAUGCAACAGCCAAAACAACUCGAUGUGUCUGGACCCGACCAUCUAUGAUAAGGAGACGCUGAACAACUUCUUGCCGAUAGCGGAGUGCGGGCACGGCGUCUACUCUUCCCACAGCGAAUUCUUCUGCAGGAAGAUUGUGCAGACCAUUCUCCACAAAGGCUACGAGCCAGAGGUCCGAGUGACCCGCAGCUGCGGCUGGGUGCGCCACCACCGACCCUGCUACAAGGCUGACAACGAAGACCACUUGGAGACAGUCUGCCAGUGCUUCGAAGACGAGUGUAAUGCGGCCUCCAGGGUACAUGGAGCAGUUCUGCUGGUGGCGACUGUAGUGGGAGUGGUGGGCUUGUGAUUAAAUCCAGUAUUAUUUUG